AGCUAACAGAAUGAACAAUUCUCUGAUUGUGGUUUUGUCUGCUGUGGCCAUCGUGCUGCUCUCCAAAUCAGAUGCUGGCAAAGGACCCAAUGUUCUGCAGCGCGACGUACCAGACGCUUUCAAGGUAUUCGCGGCGUUCCCUUACGCUGUCGCAAUUUCCGACGCUGACAACGAUACCAUAUUUGAAUGCAUGACGACGAAGCGCAAGGACUUUGACCCCGAGGCGAAGACAGUAACCUAUGUGUGGUCAAUAAAUAAUGGUCCUGGCAAGAGGAAGCAUGUUGGUUUCCACCACACCGCCGGUGCAACGCCCGAUGCCACAAACUUUACAGUUGGCAGACAUUCUAACAAGGUGGAAGUGGCGUACAUAAUUUGGAGCGACUACAAAGACUGCGCCAUUACGGAAGUUCCGCACUUCGGAGACCAAUGCACACUAUGGGUGUCGAAAGAAGUGGAGGACCUUGUACCCGUGUACUGUCUCGAGCAGUUUCACGACGUAUGUGGGGUCGUGGUACCCCUUCACGAAAGCGACCUCUGUGAGGAUGAUGAGAAUGACGAGGAGGACCAAGAUGACUAGGCGCCGAAAGCACACACUGGAUAAAAGGCUGUUAAUAGCCAGGAUGUGGUGGUCAGGAUUGUGCGGUGAACGCGGCCAAGUUUUUUACCAAAUAAAAUUUUGC